AUGGCGAGUUCACCUCCAGCACCCUUCCCCGCGAGCCUUCCCAACCCCAAAAAAAGGGCGUCAAUAGGCUCCCAAGGGCCGACACAAGGUGCCACGAAACGACCCAAACUACAUCCUUUGAGACAAACGUCAUUUCCAGCUCAAGACCUCAGUGGCCGACAUGGAUCAGCAGUUACGAGCGCGCGCUCCGAGACAGGCAGUCUAGUGUCUGGCGUCAGCACUAAAGUGCCAGGUCGAGGAAGAGGCAGACCUAGGAAGUCGGCUCAACUCAACGACGAUGACAUUCGUUCUUCUCAACAGGCCACGGCAGAGACGAGCAGCCAGGUUGAAGGAAGUGGAAGAAACACGGGGGGGCGCGGUACCAAAUCGGUGGUCAGUGCAAGAUCGGGUGCAGCUGAAGCCGAGGAAGAUGACGAAGGUGACAUUGACGGGAUGCUUGAAAACAUGGAUGAGCAGGAAAGACGGCAGGCCGAAGAAGAAGAGUUGAGGCAGGAACAACGACGAGACCGUUUGGCCGAUCAACUUGACCCGGACCAGUACUCUCGCUACAACCAGUGGCGUGCGCUGUCGUUGAACAAUACCACGAUCAAGCGACUUGUCAACUCGAUAGUUUCGCAAUCGGUGACUUCGGCCCCGUUGCAGGCGGUUAGGAUCUACGGCAAAUAUUUUGUGGGCGAGAUCGUGGAAAGAGCCCGCGAAGUACAGGUUGAAUGGGCCAAGGCAUACGAUGUCACCAAGGAGGAAGAGAGACAACGCCGACAGCGGGAGUUACAAGAACUAGAGGAAAAACAAAAGCAAGUCAAUAGCCCUGACCAGCGACCUCGGUUGAUUCUGAGGGACAUUGAAAGACUGAAGAGAGAAGUCAAAGAGUACAUCCCCAACCCGCACCGAGGCGGACUACUUCCGGAUCAUCUGCGAGAGGCUUUACGAAGAUACAAGGCUGAUGGCGAAGGUGGGGGGGUCGGUUUCACAGGCAUGAGCCACGGAAUGUUAGGAGUUCCUGGGUCGGUGGCGUGGCGGGUCGGUGAUGGCACUUCGGGAAGGCGUCUUUUUAGGUGA